AUGCUUACCCCCGAACAGUGGAUCCAAGAUGCCAAAGCGACCGGUGGCAGCUCUGGUGGAGUGAAGCGCAAGGGACGUCGCAGGAUUGCAUCUCACCCCUCAAGUGACACGUCGUCGACCCAGGGUAGCAGAGCUUCCGCGGGUAAUGAGGGGUUUGCCCUCGGCUCUGAACGCGGUGCUCACCGGGAGAGCCUGACAACCUCGGUGUUGUCGACUCCGUUUGUUGCGCCUUCGCCGACGUACUCGACUAUUACGGCGCAGAAUACGGGCCUUCUUAGUGAUGCUGACUCUAAGUGGUUGGAGACUUUGUAUCGGGAAGGUUUUGAAGCUGUGUUUGGGUCUUGGAUGGGGAGAUAUAGCUGCCCUUUCUUGUUUGGACAUAACCUCGCCGACAAGUAUGUCAGCAUCUCGGAUCUAUGCUGCCAUCUCGAUGGAUGCAUGGCAGAUGCUACUACAAAUAACGGGCAGUCACCAGGGAGAGGGAGCCAAAGGUGUUGUCUGAUUGAGCAAUCUCUUCAGAGCACUAUUGCCUCAUUCUCUGCACGAUGGCUGCCCAUUAGCUCUCGAACCGCACUUUCAGACAAUGAUCACCGUCUGCUUGUUCAAGCUCUUUGGCGGCAUGCACGGAGAGAUAUGCUUAGAAUCAUCAACAGGCCUUCCUACCGCUCAAUGCUAUCCCUGCUUUUAUUUGCUUUGACUCCGAUUCCAGAUGGGAUCUCGGAGGAGGAAGAAGCCGAUGGUAUCUCAGGACAAGCUUGUGUACACACAGCUUUGCAACAGAUCCAAACUCUGAGGGCUCGACAAAAGAAUCUCCAGUUCAGUGGCUCCAAGGUCUCACCAUCACUCAAGUCACAAGGCAUAGUCACAACACCAGAGUCAAUCGAGACAUCAGGCUUCAUCAAUGCAGAGAGCACUGCAUACUGGGCCGCCUUGACGUUUGAUACCUCGGCUUCCUUGACCCUCAACUGUCGCCCACUGCUUUCUUCAGGCUUAUUUGGAUUCGAGUCUGAACUGCCGUGGCGACUAGUCAGAACAUGUGCCAAAAUGUUUGACGAGACUGCACAGCAUUGGAGUCGAGGAAGUUCUGACAUGACGGACGAGAGGGCGAACCAGAUCAUCGCUGCCGGAGCAUCUUGGAAGUUGUUGGGGUGGAAGUUGACUGCCAUCUUUAAAGAGGCUCUCCGGGAUGGGCAUGAUGAGUCUGAAGUUCGCAAGGCCUAUUUGGCUGUGGUGGACUCCAUCAAGCAGUUUGGUACAGUCUAUCGUCCACUUUUGGAUGAGUGUCACAAGCGGAUGCAGUUUCUUGGGCAGCAAACCAAGCUCCGAUGGUUUUCUCUCAUGCUUCACUACCAUCUUAGCAUCCUGAUGCUCGUCGAUGUAAUGGAGGUUACGGAUCGCCAUGACCUACUGGCUGAUAUAGCAGACAUCAGCACAGACGCCGAAAACACUGUCAUGAAUACCUUGGCAUUUGGUCUGCACAAUACCUUUACAUUGAGGCGUCCACCGGAUCCGGAUACCCUUGGCCAAGAAGGAGUUCGGGAGACAACCUUUACGGUUCCGAUCGUAUCCAUAGACCCCUAUCCACACCAUGCUGUUGCAGGUGUGCAGCUUUUACGGAAGGCUAUCGACAGAGACUUUGGGGUUGGAAAGAUAACGGAUGAGACGUAUCAAAGCUUGCUAUCCACGCUGGAGCGAACGCUGAAGCAUCUUCCACAGAGCUCCAAGUCUACCUCGGUCACUUUGAUCGGGGCGGGCACCCAAGGCAGGCGUCUUGCAUUCAUGUGGUCAAGUAGAGGAAACGACGUUCAUCUCGUUGAUGGCCAAGAAAGUCAACUCGAGGCCAGCCAGAAAGCUAUCGACGGCUUCCGAAAAGACGCUGGAAAGAAAAACGGCCAAUGGGGAAGGAUCAUCACACAUUCACCAGAAACAUUGUGCGAAGCACUCAAAACAGCAUGGCUUGUUGUGGAGAAAGUGAUCGUGGAGUUGGAUUCUCUAGCAGGAGAGGACACAAUCAUUGCUUCCAACCCUAGUAGCUACUCUUGUUCUGAGAUACUGGAGGGUAUCACCCUGAAGAAUGAACGCCGCUUUCUGAGCGCCCACUCUUAUUGGCCUCCUGAGACUCCAGAGAUUGAAAUCAUGGGGCACAAAACUACCAACCCCGCUUACAUCCCCUUGAUGAUGGAGCAAUGCAAGGCACAUGGAUUUUCUCCCUUCGAAGUCAAGCGGCCAUCCAUGGGCUACAUCUACAACCGUAUCUGGGCGGCCAUCAAGAGGGAAGCCCUCCUUGCGGCAUCAGAAGGAGUUGCAACUCCAGAAGAAAUCGAUGCCAUGUUCAAAGGGGUUCUCAAGACACCCAAAGGUCCCUUUGAGCAGAUGGAUGUUGUUGGCCUGGAUGUGGUUCUGGACAUUGAGCAACACUACGCUGAUGCUCGAGGAGACAUUCCUAGUGCGCCUCGUGAGUAUCUUCAGAAGUUCCUCCAGAACGGUCAUCUUGGCGUUAAGAGUGGUCGCGGUUUCUAUGAUUACGGGUCAUAG